UAGCGGCGUGUAGACGGUGGCUGAAACGAUGCAGAGCACCGGCGACUACUAUCAAAGGGCGCCGAGAUGCUGUCCAGGAAGGAACGCGAACGCGAAUGCGGACGCGUUGAGGAUCAGCGCUUCCGUGAGGGGAGCGGAAUUGCUGUGUUGUUGCUGCAGUUGCAGCACGGCAACAUCUACCAAGACGCCAGGAUUGUUGGCCAGCUUAGGAGUCUGCGUGCUUGUGCUGGGGUACACGCUGCUUGGUGCAUUCGCUUUUAUGGCGCUGGAAGGUGGUCUGAAGUCGGAUUCAGCGAACGACCUGCUUGUUUCCACGGGUUCAAAAUCUGAAGGAGGAUCGUAUGCGGUACCUAAUAUUGAAGAUGAUACUAUGGAACUGAGAGCACGUACCGUUGAAAAACUCUGGAGUAUUACAGAGGAUCUGAAUGUACUAUACAAGGAAAACUGGACGAGGCUAGCAGCAAGAGAAGUGUUUGAAUUCCAAGAAAAUUUGGCUCGAGGUCUUAAGAGAACUUCUUCGCAGUACGAACCAUCAUCUCGAUCUAGGGAACAUUCCAUGGAUAGGAGACCACAUCGAAGAUGGACUUUCAGUGGUAGUUUGUUGUACUCCCUGACUCUGAUCACCACCAUAGGAUACGGUAGCGUGGCGCCUCGCACAGUCUGGGGUCGUUUGAUUACAAUAGUGUACGCUCUAGCCGGGAUUCCCUUAAUGCUAGUCUAUUUAAGCACGGUUGGUGAUGUCCUCUCAAGGAGCUUCCGCCGUUUGUAUGGCCGACUGUGUAGACCAAGAAAUUGCAGUAGAAAGCAACAACCACCUCCACCGCCACCUCCUGUAGGCGGAAUUAUGAGCAAAACUUACAGAUACGAUAACCAUGUCGAUUCAAAAUCUGGAAAUUACUAUUCGGCUAGUAGAGAGAGCUCUUGCGAUGAUUUAGGAACUAGAGGCACCAGUAGUGCCAUCUUAUUGGAUUGUGGAAGCGAAGGAUUGCUUCAUGCUACUACUAGCUCUACUGCUGCACUUCAGGAUAUGUCGUCGGGAAACAGUAAACGUCAUUUUCAUCCAUGCUCACUGUCCCUAUCGACGAACUCGUCACCAGGCUACGUGGUGGAAACGAAUCCCGUGAGGAUACCGAUUAGUCUUUGCUUGGUGAUUAUGCUGAUCUACAUAUGCGGUGGCGCGCUAAUGUUUAACCGUCUGGAAGGUUGGAGCCUCUUGGAAGGUGGCUACUUCUGCUUCACCAGCCUCGGAACCAUUGGUUUCGGUGACUUAAUGCCCGUUGGACGAAACGCCGCAUCCGCUACUCUGGAGGAGCUCAGCUUGUGCGCCUGCUCACUCUACAUACUUGCUGGGAUGGGCCUGAUCGCCAUGUGCUUCAACCUCGUCCAGGAGGAGGUGGUACGCGUGGUCAGGGUCUUCGGUAGAACCUGCGGCAUGUCGUCGGGGGUGGUGGUCGGACCUAUCGGUGGUACAGGUACCAGUCCUGGGCUCAAGGCCGACUUGGAUGACGGAGGAGGUACCAGUGAUUCGCGAUUGUCCGAACAAGAAGAAGAAGCGAUCGCCAUGUCCAUGGUGCCAACAUCCUGACAGCAUCAGGCUAGGAGUCCCGCGGACGGGAAGCUCCUGGCCCACACGUCCAACACUGCCAUAAAACCAUCACCAGGUCAUCAUUCUCUGCCACGAAAGAAAACAUCCGAAUCCAGAAAUUCUUCGACUCAACAGUUUCAACGUGCCCAAUCUUUAAGACGCAGCUGUCUGUCUCCAACACAAUAUCAUCAUCACCAUCAACAUCGUCAACAAGAAAGUUCCUUACACUUCGAGUACUUUGUGCCUAGAAGCGUGAGUGAGUUCAAUCUGGCAGCAGCGGCGGUUACAGACAUGGCUGUGCCACCACCGCCACCUACUUCAGUUUUACGACCAUCCUCAGCUGUCACACCACCGGUACCUUCGGCAUCUAAUUCCGCAUCGACGAAUCAGUCUAGAUUAUUGGAAUGUACAGGAACGGCGACAAGAAGCCGCGAGAAGAUGGUCACGUUUGAGGAUGAAGGCGUGAGUUGUGCCACCUCUACGCCCACAAGGAAAAAUGUUUCCGGUUUGGAGAAUGUUUUCAUGUGACGCUGCAAUCACGGAUGAUUUUGUGAAGGAAAAUUUAAAUUUAAGUGGAUGAAAGAAUAUUGGUGGAAUGUUCUGUGUUUUGGCUAUAUCAAAAAAACGAUAAAUAAAGUUUUAACAUAAAAAAUUCAAUGGAAUUAUUUUGGAGAUUAAUUAUAUGAUGAAUGAAUGUUGAUUAACAAUCGAAAAAAGAAAUAAAUCGAACAAGAAAAAUUAUGUAGUAAUAUAUUUCUUCUAUACGACCAAAGAAAUGCAAUUAAAUCAGAUCACUCAUAAAUCAAUAUAAUUAGUACUUUUUCAUUAUAUUAUGAAAAAAAAGAAUAUAAGAUGAUUUGUGACGGGUCUCUGAAAAAAAACCUUGUAAAGUAUGAGUGAAGUGUUUGUGUAUACAUUUUCAGAUUAAACAAUAAGACAUGAACUUCAAACAAAUGAAACGUGUCUAAAACGAAAAUCCAUAAGUGAGAAUUUUUGAGAAUGGUUCGCCGUAAUGAAAAACAUUAGAUUUCUACCAUUUACAUUAUAACUAUUGUUACUAUAAUAAUAUUUAAUAUUCUUAUCGCUGCUGAUAUUCUUCUUACCAUUAUCAUUGCUAAGUGACUUGAAACGGACGGAUUUUCUUCGCGAGAGUUGUGUAAAUUAUUGAAAUGUAUUAGAAUACAUCACCUCCUUUUCCUAAAAACAUACUUAUUUUAAUAAUGAGUGAGACAAUCGAAAGUAAAUAAUUAUUCAUAAAGAAAACAAAUUUAAUAAAUUUUAAUUACUUACUUUAAUUUUUUUAUAAAUUUAUUUUAAUAAAUAUUUAUUAUAUAUGUAGUAUUUAUUUUUUCUUCAUAUAAAUAGAAAAAAUAAAUGUUUUAGGAGAAAGAGGUAAUGUAAAAAACGAAAGAAAGAUGCAGCCUUAAAAAAACACCUAAUAGGUGAUUCAAUUAAUAUUAUUAUAAAAAGACAGAUAAAUAUAAAAUAUAAAAGAAAGACGUGCACGAUCACAAAACAGUCUGUUCUAGUAUAACUUUUAAGGAGAGUCAUUUAAUCAAAUGUCGAACAUUAAUUUUAAUACAAGUUCAAUAAACAAGUUUACGAAUAAAACAACCAUGUAAGUGAGUGGUAACAGUGAAAUUUAUCGUGCAAAAUGAAAAAAAUGAUAUGUUUCAGAUGACAUGUAAUGAAUCAAGUCCAAUCUUUUCGCGCAAACCAAUAGACUGGCAAGAAAAAUAUCACUUAAUCUCCAAUCUGGAUUGAGAUUUAACAAUAUUCAGAUAUGUUGUUUGUACACGAAUUUCUUUCUUGACAUUCAUUGGAUUUUCAUUAAAGAGAGAAUUAAAAAUAUCAAAAAAUCACAAUUUUA